CGUCUGUGUGAACCAGAACGUGGUUGACAGACCCCUGCGCCGUGAUGAAUUCGGUCUCUGGAAAGUACCUACGGUACAUUCUAUUUGCAGUGCUGUGUGUUGCAAUUCUACAUUUCAUAUCAUACUCCUCACUACCUCUCCCGAGCACAAGCGAUGUCGUGUCCAACCUCAGGUCCGGGUCAAAACAAACCAGCCAUAGCCCCUCAACUCCUCUAUCAGUUUCACCACUUUCCAACACUUCUUCAACUGUUCCAGCACCUGCCUAUGAACGAGUAAACGCAACAUUCGUGACUUUGGCCAGAAAUGGGGAUAUUUGGGAGAUCGCCAAGUCGAUCCGCCAGGUGGAGGACCGAUUCAACCGGAAUUAUCACUAUGACUGGGUCUUUCUUAAUGACGUGCCCUUCAACGACCAAUUCAUAAAGAUAACUACUGCUCUUGUAUCGGGGAAAACGCAUUAUGGAGUCAUUCCGAAAGAGCACUGGUCGUUCCCUGACUUUAUCGACCAGGCAAAAGCCGCCAAGGUUCGGCAGGAUAUGAAGGAGAAACAAGUCAUCUACGGAGAUUCCAUCAGCUACAGACACAUGUGCCGUUUUGAAUCUGGAUUCUUUUUCCGCCAGGAGCUCCUCCAGAAAUUCGACUACUAUUGGCGAGUGGAGCCCAGCAUCGAAUAUUUCUGUGACAUCGGUUUCGACCCGUUCAAGUUCAUGAAAGACAACAAGAAGAAAUAUAGCUUUGUUAUCAGUCUGUAUGAAUACAGAGACACCGUAGCUACGAUCUGGGAUAGUGUCAAGAAAUUCAUGGAGAAGUACCCUCAGCAUAUUGUAGAGGACAAUAACCUGGAAUUCAUCAGCGAGGAUGGAGGGAAGACAUAUAACCUUUGCCAUUUUUGGUCGAAUUUCGAAAUUGGUGAUCUCAACUGGUUGCGAUCGCAAGCCUACCUCGAUUAUUUCGAUAUCCUAGACAAAGAUGGAGGAUUUUUCUAUGAAAGAUGGGGUGAUGCGCCUGUACAUUCCAUCGCGGCUGCCCUCAUGCUCAAAAAGGAGGAAAUCCACUUCUUCAAUGAGAUCGCUUAUCGCCAUGUUCCCUUUGUCCAUUGCCCGACGGGCGAGCAGAUGAGAUUGGAUCUGAAAUGCCACUGCAAUCCCCGUGACAACUUCGACUGGAAAGGAUAUUCUUGUACAUCCCGUUACUUCGACAUUAAUAAGAUGACGAAGCCUAAAGGUUAUGAAAAAGAAACGGACUGA